CGCCCUCGCUGGGGCCAGGGUUUGUUCCUCGACCUCGGCCGAAGGCAUCUCCCUCCCUCUGGCCCUUCUUCCAUCCUUCGGGAAGGAGACCCGACUCGUCCCCCUUUAGCUCAGUGCAUGUGACUCUGUAGCACGUGAGAGUGAAUUCCCAGUGAUUGCUUUGGCCCCUACAACCAGAGAACAGGAUUCUUCCAUUCUUUUUGGCCACUAAAUGCCUAUGUAUACCACACAUUCCUGCGAGGGAAGAAGGGCGGAGCUUCUUGGAUGAUGAUGGACAUUCCACUGGACAGGAUGAGGGCAGAGAGUGUGACAUCGAUACCACAAAGGUGCAGCGUGAUCUCCCUCAUCUCCCUUCCCAUCCAGCUCCCUGCCUCCUGUAUCCACCAUGGUGUUUGGUGAGUUUUUCCAUCGCCCUGGACAAGACGAGGAACUUGUCAACUUGAACGUGGGGGGCUUUAAGCAGUCCGUCGACCAGAGCACCCUCCUGCGGUUUCCUCACACCAGACUCGGGAAACUGCUCACCUGCCACUCGGAAGAGGCCAUCCUGGAGCUGUGCGAUGACUACAGUGUGGCCGAUAAGGAGUACUACUUUGAUCGGAACCCCUCCUUGUUCAGAUAUGUUCUGAAUUUUUACUACACGGGGAAGCUGCAUGUCAUGGAGGAACUGUGCGUAUUCUCGUUCUGCCAGGAGAUCGAAUACUGGGGCAUCAACGAGCUCUUCAUCGAUUCCUGCUGCAGUAACCGCUACCAGGAACGCAAGGAGGAAAGCCAUGAGAAGGACUGGGACCAGAAGAGCAAUGAUGUCAGUACUGACACCUCCUUUGAAGAGUCGUCCCUGUUUGAGAAGGAGCUGGAGAGGUUUGACAAGCUGCGAUUUGGUGAGCUCCGGAAGAAGAUCUGGAUUCGAAUGGAAAACCCAGCCUACUGCCUGUCAGCCAAGCUCAUUGCCAUCUCAUCCUUGAGCGUGGUGCUGGCCUCCAUCGUGGCCAUGUGCGUGCACAGCAUGUCAGAGUUCCAGAACGAGGACGGAGAGGUGGAUGAUCCCGUGCUGGAGGGCGUGGAGAUCGCAUGCAUUGCUUGGUUCACUGGUGAGCUUGCCAUCCGGCUGGUUGCUGCUCCCUGUCAAAAGAAAUUCUGGAGAAACCCUCUGAACAUAAUUGACUUCGUCUCUAUUAUCCCCUUCUAUGCCACCUUGGCUGUAGACACCAAGGAGGAAGAGAGUGAGGACAUUGAGAACAUGGGCAAGGUGGUCCAGAUCCUCAGGCUUAUGAGGAUUUUCCGAAUCCUCAAGCUUGCCCGGCACUCGGUAGGACUUCGGUCUCUAGGUGCCACCCUGAGACACAGCUAUCAUGAAGUUGGGCUGCUGCUUCUCUUUCUCUCUGUGGGCAUUUCCAUCUUUUCUGUGCUUAUCUACUCUGUGGAGAAAGAUGAGCACACGUCCAGCCUCACCAGCAUCCCCAUCUGCUGGUGGUGGGCCACCAUCAGCAUGACAACCGUGGGCUAUGGAGACACGCACCCAGUCACCUUGGCCGGGAAGCUUAUUGCCAGCACGUGCAUCAUCUGUGGCAUCUUGGUGGUGGCCCUCCCUAUCACCAUUAUCUUCAACAAGUUUUCCAAGUACUACCAGAAGCAGAAGGACAUUGAUGCGGACCAGUGCAGCGAGGACCCCCCAGAGAAGUGUCACGAGCUACCUUACUUUAACAUUAGGGAUAUUUACGCCCAGCGGAUGCACGCCUUCAUUACCAGUCUCUCUUCUGUGGGGAUCGUGGUGAGCGAUCCUGAUUCUGCAGAUGCUUCAAGCAUUGAUGACAACGACGAUGUUUAUAACACAGCGUCCUUGGAGAAUUGCAGUGCAAAAUGAGCAGGGACCUUUGUGCCUGUAUCUUGUGUCCCUUCCUGAUGUUAGGUUAACACAGCUUUAUAAACCUCAAUGGGUUCGUUAAAAUAAUUUAAUUCUCAGGGUGUACCUUUCAGCCAUAGGUGGACAUUCAUUGCUCCAAAAUGAUAGAAUCUUCUUUAUUUUUCUCAGUAAAGUGAAUCAAAUGCCUUGUUCUAAAAUUUAUUUUUUACAAGAGAGAGUUGUGAUAUGACUUUGGAAAAAAAAUGGUGAAUGGGAUUGGGUGGGAUUUAUUGCUACGGCUUAUGUAUCAUCUUGUGUUUGUCAUCUACUCACAUUGAGCUGACUGUAAAUUACUGACAAGUAGAAUCAGAGGCCCAGCUGACUGGAGACUACAUGCAUGUAAGAUCCACAAAAUGAGACAAUGCAUGUAAAACCAUGUUCACGUUCUAGACAUGGAAAUUAGGAGCCUAAUAAACUUGCCUAAUUCAGUAUGGA